CCUGGUUAAUGGCCAAGUGACUCAUAAAAUAAAGGUAAAUUCAAUAUAAUUGGAGUUUACUGUGAGAUUAGGUAUUUCUUGAGAUUUUGAACUUGACAUCGGCAUAGAUUUAAAGAGACAUCAUGACUAUAGAGUUUAGUUGUAUUUGUAAAGGAACCACUGUUAUUGCGAGUCAUCAGAGUGGUUAUGGUGGAUAUCAAGAUGUGGUUAAUUCCAUGUUACCUAAUAUUCAAUCCACCUCUAAUGGUAAAACAACCUAUGCAUCUGAUAAUCAUUCAUUCCAUGUUUUAGUAGAUAAUGGCAUUUUAUUUAUUUGUGCAGCAGAACCUUCUUUUGGUAAACUUAAACCUUUUACAUAUUUAGCUGAGGUUAAGAAAAGAUUUGCAUCAAGUGGUCUAGUAGUUCGUGCUUCCUCAGCAGGACCAAAUGAAUUGAAUAGAGAUUUUGCUCAUGUAUUAUCAGAUUUGAUGGAGAAAUCUGCAAGAGGACAACUUGGUCAGAUGGAUGUUCUACAAAAUCAAGUUGAUGAAGUGAAAGGAGUGAUGACUCAGAAUAUAGAGAAAGUGAUAGACCGAGGUGAAAGAUUAGAAGAUCUUAUUGAUAAAACCGAUGAAUUACAGGCUCAUUCUCAAGCUUUUCAAAAGACAUCGAAGAAAAUAAGUCGUAAAUAUUGGUGGAAGAAUACUAAAAUGACUAUAAUAUUAGUUGGUGUUGGUUUAACAUUAUUAACUAUUGUUAUUAUUGUUAUAUUAUAUUCUACUGGUGUAUUACCACCAGAUUCUGGUUCCUCUAGCAAGACUACUGUGGCACCUAGCAUAUCACCCUAAACUCUUCCACCCAUUCCUCACAAAAUAUGCUGAUAUUGGUGAUUCAGAAAGGUACAAAAUAAUUUUUUAUAAAACAUUUGAUCAUGAAACUUUUUACCAUAAAAUUUCUAAUUGAGUUUUAGUUGAUAGUAAAUUCAAUAUUUUAGUCUUUUUGGCUCUGUAAGCUUAAUAACCCUGUAUAAUAACAAGAGCACCUAUAUC